UAACUCUAAUCUCUUUUGACUUCCGUAUAGUAAACACCGAGAAUAACAAAAGAGAGACACGUGGCAAAAACUCGAGAUCUGAAGGAUCUUCGAAUUGUAUAAUCUAUCAUCAUCAGAUCGAGAGGCUUCAACGUUAGUGUGAUUGAUUGGUCGUGAGAGUAUAAUGGGCUGUUCGUUAUCGGGAUUGAACUCGCUUUACGACGCAGUGAACGGAGGAGGAGGCGACGUGUGGAUCAAUGAGAAUCGUUUCAGGAUCGUGAGGCAACUCGGCGAAGGAGGUUUCGCUUUCGUCUUUUUGGUCAAGGAGAUUGUCGCCGCCGAUGCUUCCUCCGAUGGUGGUCUGGCGAAUAAAGUCAAGGAUCCUGCUCAUCUCUCCGCUGAUGGAACUUAUGCUAUGAAGAAAAUUCUGAUUCAGAACAAGGAGCAACUGGAAUUAGUGAGGGAGGAGAUUCGUGUUUCGUCACUUUUCAACCACCCUAAUCUGCUCCCUCUCCUUGACCAUGCCAUUAUUUCUGUUAAGGACGGGCAAGAGGGAGGUUGGAAACACGAGGCCUUCUUGCUGUUUCCUGUUCACCUCGAUGGUACCUUGCUGGAUAAUUCAACAUCCAUGAAGGCUAAAAAGGAAACAUUCUCAACAACUGAUGUUUUGCAUAUAUUUCGUCAGCUUUGUGAUGGACUCAGACACAUGCACUCUCUGGAGCCACCGUAUGCACACAAUGAUGUCAAACCUGGAAACGUGCUUUUAACACGUCGAAAAGGACAGCCUCCUCUUGCGAUAAUGAUGGACUUUGGGAGUGCUCGUCCUUCACGCAAGCAAAUCCGCUCCCGUCAAGAGGCCUUACAGUUACAGGAGUGGACAUCUGAACACUGUUCAGCACCCUUUCGAGCUCCUGAGCUUUGGGAUUGUCCAAGCCAUGCAGAUAUCGAUGAGAGAACAGAUAUAUGGUCACUAGGCUGCACACUAUACGCAAUCAUGUAUGGUGUGUCUCCAUUUGAAUAUGCACUUGGGGAAUCUGGUGGAAGUCUUCAGCUCGCGAUCGUGAACGCUCAGGUAAAAUGGCCAAACGCAGGACCAAAAUCUUCUUAUCCUGAAGCUCUUCACCAGUUUGUGACUUGGAUGCUGCAACCGCAGGCUGCCGUUCGGCCAAGCAUUGACGCUAUCAUCAUCCACGUCGACAGACUGAUCGCAAAGUUCACCAAAUGAUUCCUAGUUUUUGGUGGUUUUCUAAAGAGGUGAGGAAAAGAACAGAACAUAAAAGGGUUUCUAUACAUUGCCUUGUCUUGUUUUUUAUAUGUUUAGUUAUUUUGAAAAAUCACAUUAAAAAUCCCAUACUAGAUGCAUAUUUCAAACACAGUCUUGAUUACUCUUUGUAAUUUAUUUUGAACAAUUAGGAUUCGUUUUUUUUCUCCAUUUGGGAAUCAAUAAGAUUUACUCAAGGACA